AUGACAACGACACAUAAGCACAAUAAUAAACCUUCACAGAAGGAAAAAAGAUUAUCUGACAAACUGCUGGAUGAAAGAAAGUGUAUUCAGGAAGAAGACCUACUGAAAGAGAAGAAUGUCGCUGUCAUUAAAUUGACCCUGCCAAAACUCCUAUUCUGGUUUACAGCUGGAAAAGAAGAUUAUCCAAAUACAGCUGGGGCAAGAAGAGGAGUAUCCGGAUACUGCUGUACAAGAGGAGUAUCUGGGUACUGCUGCGCAAGAGGAAUAUCCCAGGUACUUCUAGGCAAGAGGAGUAUCUGGGUACUUCUGGACAAAAGGACCGCCUGGAUACUGUUAGGUAAAAGUAGUGCCCGGCCCGCUGAUGAUGGACUAGAGCCUACUGCACUCUAG